GCUUGGUUAAGGAAAGGUUAUGGACCUUAACAAUUUGAAAGAGGAAGCGAAAACUAAUAAGGGCACUGCUUUAUUACAAGAGAAACUAAGUUUGAUUAAACAGCGUUGCGAAGAACUUCAAGUUGCUCUCGAUUUUAACCUUAACAGCGUCAACAAGGCCUUAGAAACUGAUUUAAGUCUAGCAUCCAAGUUGAGGCAGGAACUAGAGCUUUACCAAAAAACUAGGGAAAAAAUUGCUGCUCAGCGUAUAAUGAUAUAUGUUUGUAUAGUUUUAUAUCCAAAGCUUCUGGAAAUAAGGCGUAAUAAGCAUGUGGAAACCAUGGAAGGUUUUGAUCGAAAACUAAUUGAAAUAAGGCUACAGUCGGAGAGUCAUAGACUUGCCUUACUUAAAAUGGAUAAGUCAAUAAGCAAGUUGAAGAACCGAUUGGGAAUAAGCGAGAAUUUGCCGAGUUCUUUGAGCCCACCCUGGAGAACUUUUUCUGAUAAGUCAAGCAAACACAACAAUGAAACAGAAACUCAGUGUAAGUUGCAUUGUAAAUAUAAAAAAAUUAUAUUUCCUUUAACUAUGUACCCAUCCUAUAACUUCACAUCCUCACUCUCCAAACACAUCGCUUAGAUAAACCGUAAGAGGUUAUUAAGAUUUUUUUAUCUUCUUGACAAUUUUUAAUAAAACAGGUGGGAAAACUUUAAAUCAAAGUUACCAGCGUCC